AUGAUUAACCCCUUAGCGGUGGUGACAGUCCCAACCGUGUUCGUGCACGAUGUAGAGGACCCGGAAACAUCAACCGAACGACGUUUCGACAUCUUCACACCCUUGGCAGAGCUCCCCUUCGUCGACCAUCCGACCAUCGGCACGGCAGUAUUCCUUUACCCGCGUGGCGUGCGCACUCUUCAUGCAAAGGCAGGCCGGAUUAACAUUCAACAGUCCCCCGAUGGCGCUCUCCAGGCCGCUAUCCCGCACAAUGUCCGGUUACACGAAAGGCGACUACCCGGAUUUGAGAAAUCAAGCCCGGUAUCGAGAUCGCAGUCGCAGCUUGAGACUACCUUCGCGGAGGCAAAGCGGGGAGCCCCGCUCUUCAGCAUCGUCAAGGGCAUGACGUUUGCGCUUAUUGAGAUCUCGUCGCUCGAAGUGCUGGGGGGGCGGCCUGAGAAAGUUGGCGGGAGAUCUGUUCAUAAGAUCCGAACGAGAAUGGUGAAUCAAAUAAUUGAGGAUCCUGCUACGGGGAGUGCGGCUUGUGCUCUGUCGAGCUUUUCGAGCCUGCAUGUCUUCCAGGAGACUUCUCUCACCUAUGAAAUUACUCAGGGGGUUGAGAUGGAGCGGGAAAGCAAUAUGAUGAUCGACGUGGAGGUUGGUAAAGAGGCUGAUGGAAUAAGAAAGCUGGAGUCCCUACACCUGGGGGGAAAAGCUGUUCAAGUUAUGAGUUGCUUUAUCACCAGUCGACCCUAA